AUGGCCGAUCAAGCACAAUAUCCAAUGCAAAUGGAUGCUGUUGUCUCAAACCAACCUAUCACACCAAAUGAGAGCAGCGGCGAGCCUCAAAUACCUCCUGCUCCCCAAGCUCCUACGGCCAUGGUGGUCGACCCUCCUAUGCCCGAAGCUACGCCUCUGCCACCCUACAUUCCAGCUCAGAUACAGCAGCAGCAGCAGCAGGCACCACCUCCUCCAAGCAUUCAAGCACCGCGCACAGCAACCCCAAAUCGAGCAGUUAAUGGCACUACGGAGACUAGUGCGACGAUGCCUGCAAAAGCUGCGGCGCAUGGAGCUCCGGCACGUCGAUAUCUGAAUGAGAAGGUGACCGGAGCGUUGCUUGAGGAGCCUCCGCUGACAUUCGAAUUCACUAGGCCAGAGAAGCCUCUACAGGUAUUGGGCGAGUUUCUCUUGCAGAAGAGCGCAGAGCAAGAGAACAAGCCGAAUACAUGA